AUGGAAUCUUCAAAAUAAACCCAAUGUAGAAGCAAGAGAACCUUAAAUAAAACCCUUUCCAAAAACUAUGCAACCAAAAUAAUCGAUCUGCUGUCAAGUAACAGUUAGCAUUGUCACUUUGGUUCUAUUCCCAAAAGUGAGUCACCAAUCAGUCGGAUGAGAAUCUUAAGAAGCCUAAGAAUACGGACUCAGGAGAAUGAAUAAAAUAGAGUAAGUAAAAGCUUCGAUCUCAAAGUUGUUCACCAUAGUAGGAAAUAACAGCGACGCAAGAGUGGGAUUGAACCAUUAUCAGAGAAGCAAAUGCAUCUUAAUUGCUUAUAUCCCAAGACUUGUGUCUAGCAAUAGUAAAUAUUAUUGCUUGAGAUUCAGAAAACAAAGGAGAGAAAGAAAACUCUUUUUAAGCGCAUGUCGAGUAUCUUAAUUAAACAUUAAACAACACUUCGUAAUAUUGGGAAUCAGAACAGUAUUAAUAAUCAAAGGAACAGCGAGAUUUAAUUAUUAAUGCUUUAAUAAUCCCAAUAACCAAUCGAAGAACCUGUUCUCCUGUAAUCAUAGGAAGUGAAAAAAACGAAGAUUAGAUAAUCGGUCAUCGAACCUGAAUAACCUAAAGUAGUUUUAAAUAUAUCUCGAAAAUCUAAAAAACCCUUUGCUUCAAUCUAGAGUUAUGUUAAUGAAAAAACAGAGAAAACUUUAUAGUCUAAAGAAUUGACAAAUAGCAAUCCUUUCUUAAGUUACAUGUCUUGUCAAAGUCUGACUGAGAUGAAUGGACAAUUGCACAGUAAUUCUCCUUUGAGGAAACAAAUAUCUCCAAAAGUAGUUUGUCCUCCUCUUCCUGAAAUUAAAUUGGUCUCUUCAGCUCGAAAUUAUACUAAUGCAAACGAUAUCAAUUUUCUAAAACAGAAGUUUAAAAACAAUAUAUAUUAUGCUAAUUAAUAGAGGAAGAAAAGAAUUGAGACAAAAGCUUGAUAAACAUUUAUAUAAAUCUAUCAUUUUCAUUAUUUUCAUUA